AUGGUGAAGUUCCUGAAGCCGGGCAAGGCGGUGAUCCUGCUGCAGGGCAGGUACGCCGGAAAGAAGGCGGUGAUCAUGCUCGUGUUCGAGGAGGGAACCCGCGAUCGCCCCUACGGGCAUUGCGUGGUCGCCGGCCUGGCCAAAUACCCGAAGAAGGUGAACCGCAAGGACUCGGCCAAGAAGACGACCAAGAAGUCUCGCAUCAAGGCGUUCCUCAAGCUCGUCAACUACACUCACCAAAUGCCCACACGCUACACCCUCGACGUCGACCUCAAGGAGGUGGUCUCCGACGCUCCCGACUCCCUCACCACCAAGGACAAGAAUCUCACCACCGCCAAGUCCGCCAAGGCCAACCUUGAGGAGAGGUUCAAUACCGGCAAGAACAGGUGGUUCUUCACCAAGCUCCACGUAAGCCCCUUGGAGAGCCGUCCGAUGCGCCGAGCCCCCACCGUUGGAUUCAGUCCGGACACCGUCCCACUUGAGCAGCCGCGCGCCGACACCCCUCGCAGCAUUUUGCGUGCUGCAUUGAAAUGUACCGGGCAGACACAAUCCCACCUGAAUCCCCGCGGAUCGUGGGCGGCGACGCGAGCGGUGACCUGCGGCGACUCCGCCCUCCCCACCCACCCUCCUGCCCCGCCACCCUCUGCCGCCGUUCCACCCCCACACCCCACCGCCGACCGGUGA